AUGGCGAAAGCCCUCAAGAGCCGGGUGGAAGAGCAGCAGCACAACGCCAGGGAACAUGGAUGCAUCAAACAGCGCGAGCAACGUGCAAGAGGUCGAGACGAGCGAGGAAGGGAGGGAGGGAGAGGGAGAGAGACGGGGUGGAAGCUAUCCCAAACGGGCGCUGGCUCCGGAGCUACAAGCAGACUUACAUGCUGGCCAGGCGGUUUAGGCUGGUGCCAUAUCGAGCAGCUUAGCACUCUCCACAUCGAGUCCACAAUUACCGCAAGAAACAACACAAAUAAUCAUAACAAACAACUAGUCGACCGAGUUCAUUUCAGUGUCGGGCAAUAUCUGGAUGUACCAGAAGCGCACGGAAUGAUGUCGCUGGUGCUGGAUGAUGGGGACUUUGGUGAGGCUCAAGAGGGAUGCUAA